AUGCGUUUUCAAUCGCUAGCAGCAGCUAUACUACUCAGCCUAAGCAUCACAAUACACGCCACCCAAACCUUCAAGAACACAGGCACCACCUCAGGCUGGAGCUCCAUCAACCAAGAGCACAAGGGCACAGUGCAACAAGUCACAAAUGUAGUCUACGGAGGUUCCACCGCCCUAAAGAUGACACAGGUCUACGAUUCGAGCUACAGCGGCCGCUACCAUUCGGAAGUUGUCCAUAACGAUAUGUACAAACUCGGCGAUGAAGGCUUCUACGGCUUCACCCUCCGUCUACAAGAGUCCUGGCAGUUCUCACCCGCACAGUCGUACAAUAUCGCACAGUUCAUCGCUGAUUUCGGUGAUACCGGCUGCGACGAUUACAUGCCGUCAAGCAUGGUGUGGCUGAUCGGUGACCAGCUCUUUACGCGAGUGAAGACGGGUAGUGUGUGCGCGCAGAAGACCACUACCUUUAGCAAUUUGGCUACUGUGAGUGCGGGCGUGUGGCAUAAGAUUAUUAUUCAGGCUAAGUGGAGGGCGGACGGGACGGGGUACUAUAAGAUGUGGUUUGAUGGGAAGAAGGUGCUUGAGAAGUACAAUAUCGAUACUACUGUUGAUGAUGGUCGGGCUUUCCAGUUCAGGGUUGGGCUUUAUGCGAAUGGCUGGUAUGAUGAUGGUGGUAUGAAGGGAUCUCAGGGGACUCGCCAGGUGUGGUACGAUGAGAUUGUGGCUGGCACUACCUUUGCCGAUGCGGAUCCCGAUCAGCAGUAG